GUGCCAUGGCCUCGCGGCUUCUGCACCGGCUACGGCACGUCCUGGCCGGCGAUGGCCCCGGGGAGGCAGCGGCCGGCGCCGAGCCCGAGCAGUUCCCGGAGAGCUCGGAGCUGGAGGACGACGACGCCGAGGGCCUGUCCUCCCGCCUCAGCGGCACCCUUAGCUUCACCAGCGCCGAGGAGGACGACGACGACGACGAGGACGACGAGGAGGCCGGGCCCGACCCGCUGGCCCCCGGGGGCGAGGCCUCGGGCGAAGACGCAGAUCAGAGCCCCCCACCUGACGGGCAGCGGAGCGGUCAGCUCCUGGCCAAGCAGCUGCAGGAUUUCUGGAAGAAGUCUCGGAACACCCUGGUUCCCCAGCGGCUGCUCUUCGAGGUGACCAGCGCCAACGUUGUCAAGGACCCGCCCUCCAAGUACGUGCUCUACACCCUCGCCGUGACGGGCCCAGGGCUGCCAGCCCAUCAGCCAGCCCACAUCUCUCGUCGCUACUCGGACUUUGAGCGACUCCACCGAAACCUGCAGCGUCAGUUCCGGGGCCCCAUGGCUGCCAUCUCCUUCCCCCGUAAGCGCCUGCGCCGGAAUUUUACUGCAGAGACCAUCGCCCGCCGCAGCCGGGCCUUUGAGCAGUUUUUGGGCCAUCUGCAGGCAGUGCCUGAGCUGCGCCACGCCCCAGACCUACAGGACUUCUUCGUGCUGCCGGAGCUGCGUCGGGCGCAGAGCCUCACCUGCACUGGCCUCUACCGGGAGGCUCUGGCACUCUGGGCCAAUGCCUGGCAGCUGCAGGCCCAGCUAGGCAACCCCUCUGGCCCAGACCGCCCCCUGCUGACCCUGGCUGGACUGGCUGUGUGCCACCAGGAGCUGGAGGACCCUGGCGAGGCCCGCGCCUGUUGUGAGAAGGCCCUGCAGCUGCUGGGGGACAAGAGCCCCCACCCUUUCCUGGCACCCUUUCUGGAGGCCCAUGUUCGGCUCUCCUGGCGCCUGGGCCUGGACAAACGUCACUCAGAGGCCCGACUCCAGGCCCUGCAGGAGGCAGGCCUUACGCCCAUGCCACCCCCCAGUCUCAAAGAACUGCUCAUCAAGGAGGUGCUGGACUAA